AUGAGUGGAGAAGCAGCUGAGAAGAAGAGUGAACCGCCACCGUCCAAGAUCGAGGCUUUGGACGGCUCCAACUAUGAGGAAUGGAGCGGGCGGAUGCGGAGCGCCUUCAAGCGCUACAAGCUGCUGAAACUUGCGAUGGGAGAGGAGAAGAUACCAGAGGAAGGAGAUGCCCACGAUCGAUGGAUUGAGAAGAGCGCGGUGCUGUACGACUUGAUAAUGCAAUCGGUCAACAACGACAUGUUCCAGCACAUCAAAGACCUAGUGGAGCUGGACGACUCCGGACCGAAGGCGUGGAAGCUGCUACGCGACGUGGUUCAGCCCAACACGCUGCCAAUGGUGAUUGUGUUGGAGAAGGAGCUGGCGGCCCUCUCCAUGCGACCGGGAGACGAUGUGAAACCGGUCCUUGACAAGAUCAAGGACACUUACGCGAGGAUGGCAGCGGCGGGCAGCAAGGUGUCGGAGAUGCAGCAGUGCACCAAGAUCAUCUCGGUGCUCGACAACUCGUGGGACAACCUCAUCCCCACCCUCAACGUUCAGCAGGACAAGUGGACGCCAGAGUGGCUACGGCAGCAGAUCCUGCAGGAGGACUUCCGCAAGCGCCACACGGGAGGUGGUGCUGCCAACAAGACUGCUGAAGGGUAUGGAGCUGCAGGAGGUAGCAAAGGAAGAGGGGGAGGGAGAGGCCGAGGCCGUGGGAGAGGCUUUGGCAAAGGAAGAGGCCGAGGUGACUGCAACGAAGGGCAUGGAAGCUCCAGUGGCAGGGGGAGCACCCGAAUGGAGGGUGCAUGCUGGUACUGCAAGAAGGCUGGACACCCGUGGUUCAAGUGUUUCAGCCGGCCUGAAGGAUGGGCGCCUCCAGGCAUGAAGCCGCCAAGUGGUGAACGUGCACGAGGUGGUGCUGUGCAAGGUUCAGGUGCACAAGGUGAUGGUGCACAAGUGAGGAUGAUGUGGGUUCGGUUGGGAAGGUUGUGA